GCAGGUGUACUCGUCCAAUCAGCACCAUUUAGUCAGCCCCGUUGCCCCUUGCCUGCACCACAUCCCAGUCCUCUGGGUUCCAGAACGUUGACGCACACAUUUCGCCUCAUAUUCUUCCUGACACGAAACGCAGCUCCGCGGAUCAGGCGUCGCGUCACUAACUCAAAAGGUGCUCAAGGUUCCCGCUCAGAACAUCGGUCCAGGGGGGGGGCACUACCGUAGGUUAACCGUUGGUGCUCACUAUGCCUUUUUGAAGGGGUAUCAUUGUGACUGGCUUAAAGAGUAAGUUACAAGAUAUAUUCUGUUUUUUUUCUGGAUUUCUAUACGUGAAGUGAGGAAGAUGUUUUCGUCCGCGGGUAAACGCUGUUUUACGAUAGAAUCCUUGGUGGCCAAAGAAAACCCUCUAACUACGGAAGAUCCCAUCCGACCGACGGCUUUGACUUAUUCCAACCCCACUGACGCUUUCAUGAACGGGUACCAGAGUCCCACCGGCAGGUCUCUGUAUCAGAACCCGGAGCUGGUGUUCCCUGAGUCAGUCAACCACCCAGGGCUGACCAUGAACCCCCACCAGCUAGGAGGGGGCCACCUACAACACCCCGCACACUUCUUUGGGACGCAACACCGAGACCCUCUUAACUUCUACCCAUGGGUUUUACGGAACAGGUUCUUCGGACACAGAUUUCAAGGAAAUGAUGUUUCCCAAGAUAGCAUGCUCCUUCACGGCCCGUUCGCCCGGAAACCCAAGCGGAUCCGCACCGCCUUCUCCCCGUCGCAGCUCCUGCGGCUUGAACGGGCGUUCGAGAAGAAUCAUUACGUAGUAGGAGCGGAGAGGAAACAGCUGGCCAACAGUCUGAGUCUGUCUGAAACACAGGUGAAGGUGUGGUUCCAGAACAGGAGGACUAAAUACAAGAGACAGAAGCUGGAGGAGGAGGGGCCUGACUGUCAUCAGAAGAAGAAAGGAAACCACCACAUCAACAGAUGGAGGCUUGCCACCAAGCAGGGCAGCUCAGAGGACAUUGAUGUCACCUCUGAGGACUGAGAAUACCCCCCCCCCACUCC